UCCAGCCACUGGUAGGAUUUCUGGAUAUCAGCCACCUCCUCUAUCUGCCGGUGGUAUAUAUAUAUAUAUAUAUAUAUAUGUGUGUGUGUGUGUGUAUAUAUAUAUAUAUAUCCUGCAGUUGAAAUACCAGCGUGAUUAUUCAUAAAGACUGAAUAAAAUGUGACCAUUUAGAGGGGUUUUUUUCAGUUUUUUGUCAUUUCAAAAAACAUUUCAACCUUUUUCUUUUAUUAUUUUUCAUCCUUAAAAAACUAAAUAAGUUUAGUUGUGAUUAAUGAUAUCUUAGAUGUUAUCAAUAUUUCGAGAAAUAUUUGACAUAACUGUGCACAAUCACAGUUUAAAAGAGCAUAUAGGAUGAACUUUCAAUAUAUUUUCUUUGGUAAUCAAACAAUGAACAGACAUUAGUUUCACCAAACCACAGUUAUAUGGUGAGAAAGGAAACUUAACAAAUCUUUUACCCACACUUUCAACUUACAGUGGAUUUACUCCAUUGGCUGAUGCAGGGAAAUCCCUGCAUCAGUCUGAAUAUAAAACACUGCUCAGACAGACACAGUCAAAGAACACGGUUUACCACUCUGAACCAAGAUGCCCCUCAUCAAGCUCUACUUCACUCCUGCACUGCUGCUCCUAGUGCUCACUUGUCCUUUAUGGCAGGUCAGCCAAUCUGUGCCACUGAUGGCAAAAGAACCAAUGCGAGACUCCUGUGUAUUAUACGCAAGAACACUGCUCCAGAACAUCACGGAUGUACUCAACCAGAAAACCUUGUUUAGUGGAAUUGACUGCAUGAAGCAGAACAUGGAGCUGUACAAGAACACCAGCACACCAUCAGCAUGUGCACCACAGGGAUCGGCAUGCUCAGAAAUCACUACAUCAGGAUUUGAUCAGAGCUCAUGUUUGACAAACAUUCGUGAGGAUCUGAAGCACUACUACAAAGUUCUCACAGCGCAGCCUGUUGGUACUCUUCUGUUCAGUCUCAGAGAACUCAUGGAGAACUGCUUCGGAAUAUUUCCGGCAUCAGACUCGACCUUAAGGGAGGCUGCUGCAAACCUCGGAACCUCCUUCGACCAAAGACUUCACCUCUGCAAAGUGCUGAAGGGCUUCCAGGUCCGUGCCAUCACAAUAAACCGAGUGAUUGCGUACAUGACCUCCGAUGAAUACACUAAAUGAAUCGUCACUGAGCUCCAGAACAAGAAUACUCAAGAGGCUCCAGAAAGAAAUUACAGAAACUACGGUGACAGUCAGUUAAUGUUGCUGUGACAGAAAACACUUCAAUAUACUUUAAAGUUUCAUAAAUUACUUAACUCAUAUCUUAAAAUUGAUGACUUAAUAUUUAACUGUGUUUACUGACUUGAAAAUGAUAUUUAUUUAUUUAUUUUAUUCUGGACUAUUUAUUUUCAAAUGUUGAAUGUGUUGUCAUUUAUUUGAUUCUAAGAAUCAUUGAAUAAAUAUUUUUUCCUGCAUAUUACCUGCUGGUUUACGCUUUAUUUGUUCACUGAUUACAUUUUUUUUUCGUUUUAAAUAUGUUACAACAAGAUAACUGAUUUAACUCUUUAUAAGAAUCUAAAGACAUGGUUAGUUUACGGUCAAGCUUGAAAACAAUAAAAAGCAUUUGUGGAUUAUAAGAAAAAAAAAUUCUUGAUACAUUUUAAACAACCAAAAAAUGUAGAUUCCACAUUGCCACAGACCAAUCACAAUGCUCUAUGUUUCCUGUAAACAUGUCAGCCCAGCAUACUAAACCCACCAUGAAGAACAUUUACAAAGAGACCACAGUAUAGUGUUUGUUCACGCUUCAUUUGGAAAUCCCCAAGUUAAGAUAAUAACAGUCAGGUGACUAUUAUUGUCAUGAUAAAACAGUGAUAAUAAAAUGCCAAUAAAAUGUGGUCUGAUAUCAAGAAGGAAAGUCAAUCAGUAUCUGUCCAAGGGGUUAAAUUAAACUUAAAAACGGGAUUAUGACACUUCAUUAUGGUGAGAUUACAGUCAGUGUAAUAAGAAAUGCAUCAAAUAGUUAAUCUGUUAAGACCAAGAUUUACAGAAAGAAUCAUUAUUGUUAUUGUUAUUCAGCAUUAUUGAAUAAACAUGAACUAAAACAUGUUCUGAUUUUAACACUAAAUCCACAAGCAGGUAAUUAAAUAAUAAUAAAUAAAUCCACUCUUCCAUAUCUGUGAGACGCACAUGUGUGUGAACUUCAGUGAUUAGCCAUUAAUUUAGAGGUGAAUUUAGAGUCAGGUGCUUUCAGUCAGCAGGGUGCGAGUCAGCUAUGAGUCAGCAGCCUGUAUUUACUUAAAAAACAUUCAGAAAAAUAAUCUAAUCUUCCCAACAUGUGUUUGUGGAAGUGUUUUACGAUAAAAACAAACGAGAUUUCAGAGUUGUUGAUAAGUAUGGACGCAACCAAUCCACAACCAGACAGACUGUGAAAAUGGAGGAAAGCACCUAUUCCGGGGUUGGGAGGUCACAGUGGGUAACCUUUAAGCAGCUAAAAGCCCCUCUCACAUUCAUCUUCAUGAACACAGUGU